GAGUAAAUUUCUUGUCAAAUUUAUAACGAUAAUUGUAAAUGAAUCCCUUCCAAGUUGUACCCAGCCUCACCCUUCUUCCAUCUUUGCACCCUUAAUUCUCAGCAUGAAGCAAGCAACAUGAGAGAGAGAGAGAGAGAGAGAGAGAGAGAGAGAGAGAGAGCCCGCUUGGCAAAGAAAGCUAGCAAAGCGAACACCACCCCAGUUGAAAUUAUCGCACAGAUAUUGAUCAAUUAAUACCCUUCACGAUCAACCAGACGGCUGGCGUGCACGCGAGCACUCGCGCAGAAAUGGAUCCUGCCCGAAGAUGUAGCAGCAGCAGCGGCAGAGGCCUCACUCCCACUCCCACAGCCUCCCCAACACCCGUCGACUCCCCAAACCAACCCCCCACAAUAUCUCUAACUCCUGUACUUUCAUCACCGGCCCAAACCAUAUCUUCUCUUCCUCCUCCCGACCAGCAUCAAGCACUAUCCCGCUACGAAUCACAAAAACGUCGAGACUGGAACACAUUCCUCCACUACCUUCAGAACCACAAACCUCCUCUCAGUCUCCCCCGCUGCAGCGGAGCCCACGUCAUCGAAUUCCUCCGCUAUCUUGACCAAUUCGGAAAGACCAAAGUGCACUCCAUCGGCUGCUCUUUCUACGGCCAUCCAUGCGCGCCUGGCCCCUGCGAUUGCCCUCUCCGCCAGGCUUGGGGCUCUCUCGACGCACUUAUUGGCCGUCUCCGCGCCGCAUAUGAUGAAUCCGGAGGCAUCCCCGAAGCCAAUCCCUUUGCCACCCGUGCCGUGCGUUUCUACCUACGCGACGUUCGCGACUCGCAGGCCAAGGCGCGCGGCAUAUCUUUUCAUAAGAAGAAGAGGAAACGCGCGCCGACGGCAGAGUCUUCUUCUUCUGGUGCUGGGUGCAAUGAGGCUGAAGGAUCCACUAGCGCUGGCGGCGGGGAAGCGGGUGGGAGCUCAUCUUCGUCUGCUUCCUGAUCAAAGUUGUCUGACCACUGCAAGUGUGUACGAAAAGCCAGACCAUCAGCUUCCAACUGAGCUUACAAUCUCACGAACUGGUAGAGUUCACGCCUGUGCAACUUCCUUUCUUCGUCUUCAAUCAUAUUAACUUCUGUCAGCCCUGUCUGCUAUAAAUAAACCAAUAGCUAAUCUUACACUCCAAAAGAAGUCUUUCAAGUUUCUUCAUCAUCCUCUACAUUCAAGACUGGAGCUGCGCUUUGGAAGCUAUCGUCGUGCAACUGCCCGAUGUGAAACGCGGAUGGCUGAGAUUUCGCCUCAUUAGACGUUGCAGAAUCAGCAUUAUUUUGACUGAGUUUGAUCAUGACCGUCCAAUAUGAAUCAGAUGGCAACUGUAAAACUUAUCUCAUUGCACCAUCCUUCUCAUCUUUCUCCUUCUCCUUCUGCUACUUUCAGUGAAUUAUUAUCUUAUUAUGGCCAGCGUCACUUAUUUAUUAAUAACUCUUUAGAGAGCAUCAUGUUUUUU